GGAACCAUUUUUUCCUUCAUCCAUCAUCGAAGGAGUUAUUUUUUGACCAUUCGUGCUUUUUCAUGGAAGAUCCURCAGAAUCCUACAGAAACCGAAACAAUUUCCCUUCGUCAAUCGUACGUACCCAAGUACCGUACUCGUAGUGUAAUCGGACUCCAAACAGUAACAGUACCGGUACCGUAGUGUUUGAUUUGUGACAAAGUGUGCAGUGAGCAUUUUGAAACAAAGAAAGCAGCAGCAACAAAAUAUGAGUAAUGCUACAGCCACGAGGCCAGCUGCUGCAUUGCCGAUCGAUKCCCGCAAUGCCGAGCCGAUUCAGAGACGGGUGAAAAUUGUGGUCGUCGACAAAUCGGAUGCCACAAACACCACCAUGAGUACCGACAACCACGAAAAUUCUCUCGACGACGAGGUUUUGCWAAUCGAGCUGGACCCGACAGAGCAGCACCUGAUGGACACGCUGAAGAAGACUGCUGAUGCACUAAGGGAAGGAAGGCUUUCGCUCGGGAAAAAGAACGUUCAAAUACGCAUCGCCGGAGGAUGGGUUCGCGACAAGAUUUUGGGGUUGCAAACCCACGACGUAGAUAUUGCACUGGAUGCGUGCACUGGUGUGGAGUUCGCCCAGACMGUGAAGGAAUUCCACGAAAAAGAACACGGCGCCAGUGGGGGCAACAACAGMAAAGACGGCAAGGACCGAAUCGGAAAAAUAGGCGUGGUUGCUGCGAACCCGGCCCAAUCGAAACACCUCGAAACCGCGUGCUUGCGGAUAUUUGGAAACGACGUCGACUUUUCCAACCUGCGCCACGAAACCUAUGCCGAAGAUUCGCGAAUACCAGACACCGUCAUGGGCACGCCGCUCGAGGAUGCCUUCCGACGAGAUUGUACCAUGAAUGCCCUCUACUACAACCUCAACACGGGCAGCGUCGAAGACUGGACGCGGCGUGGCUUACAAGAUCUGCUGGAAACCAAGGUGGUACACACRCCCCUAGAAGCCUUCCAAACCUUCCGUGACGAUCCCCUCCGGGUGUUGCGGGUCAUUCGAUUCGCGGUGCGAUACGAGAUGGAGCUCUCGGAGGAAAUAAAGUCCGCCUGCAAACUCCCACAGAUUCACAACGAGCUGCGCCGCAAAGUAAGCAGGGAACGGGUAGGGAACGAGCUGGAGGGAAUGCUCUCGGGCAAGCACGCCGAUCCAGCCAAAGCAAUGGACCUGAUUUGCAGUUUGAACCUGGGUGGCAGCGUGCUGUAUCUUCCCGAUGACGUAAACAUCAUGGGAACCAUCGGACAAAUCCGACUGGAGCCUACUCCGUACACGCGGGAGGAUGCGGACGGAGAGGGUCUCUCCCGUCUCCGAGAGUGUGCAUGGUUGGAAACGCAGGAGUGUUUGCGAGCGCUGUCCACAAUACUGGACUCGUUUGUCUCCAAUACCAAUGCAAUUACAUCCCUGGACCAAAGGAUUGUAUAUUUGGCGGUCUUUGUGUUGCCCUAUAUGAAGUUGCAAUACUUGGAAAAACAAAAGACAAAGAAUGUAGUAGACUAUAUGAUACGAGAUGGGAUCAAAUUCAAAAACAAAGACGCGGUUUAUAUGGACCUCAUAACACAGAAUCUGGAUCAAAUGGUUCUGCUCCUGGAACAAAACACGACCAUGGACUGCACCCCAGCGUUGAGGUUGCAGGCGGGAUUGCUCGUGCGAUCGGCGAAGGACAUGUGGGUGACCGCGCUCGUAGUUGCCGCRGUGGUUCUGUCACGAAAGCAUGGAAUGUCUCGGGACGUCGGCUACUGGUGUGCCCGUGCCAAAGAACUGUACGAAGCCAUCGCCAUUGGUAUGAACCUSGACGGAUGCUGGAAAACCAAACCUCUCAUGAACGGAAAGGACUUGAUUCGUGUCCUAGAAUUGGACAGAGGCCCUGUGGUGGGUGUCUACAUGGAAGAACAGGUCAAGUGGACACUGACGAAUCCAAAAGGCACCAUCGAAGAACUCCACGGUCAUCUCAAGAGAUUCAAGACCGCUCGAGAGCUUGGCAACGACGAUAUGGAUGACCAACCCGUUUUGAAAAAAAUGCAUCUGGAAUAGAWYUACCGAUUGAGAGGUUGAGAGAGAACGAUUCUGCAUUUUUCGUGGUGGAGAAUAGUAGAAUAAUGAUAGAAACCAGGUACUUGAUACAUUUGUCACGUGCAUUGAGUGUAAUCAACAGCAUGUGGCCUG